CGCGUUGGCAACAUCACCGCCGUCGCGUGUUUAUUGUCGUCAUCUUUAAGCUCACGAAGUGUGGCUGACAAGUGAUAAGCCAUACGUUCACAGGUGAAUUUAAUGCUGUUGGGACAAUCGUUCUGCGCAAAUUCGACUACAUAAGAUGUCUUCACUCCUCAAGGUGGACAGUGAAAUUAAAUCCAAGGUCGGUGCUUUCAGGGAACGUAUCACCGCAGAAGCAGAGGAUCUAGUCGCCAAUUUUUUCCCAAAGAAGUUACUGGAGCUUGACCAAUUCCUCAAGGAUCCGAGCAUAAACAUCACUGAACUGAAGGAGAUUCACUCAGAGAUAAACUUGGCAGUGCCAGAUCCCAUCUUAUUCUCAAACCUCCACGACGGACUAGAAGCGCAAAAUGCCAAAAAGAGAAAGCUGGAGGAUGGAAGUGGUGAUGACAUGGUGACCGGCACCAAGGUCUUCGUCAUGCCGGGUGGGAUGAUGAAGAGCAAUGCAAACCUCGUUGAUCUUAUUGAAAAGGUCAAGCCAGAGAUCAGGACACUCAUAGAAAAAUGUAACACAGUUAAAAUGUGGGUUCAGCUCCUCAUCCCCAGAAUAGAGGAUGGCAACAACUUUGGGGUGUCAAUCCAGGAGGAGACAGUAGCUGAACUCAGAACAGUUGAAGGGGAGGCUGCAUCUUACCUCGACCAGAUAUCCAGAUACUACAUCACAAGGGCAAAGCUGGUUUCUAAAAUAGCAAAAUAUCCACAUGUGGAGGACUAUCGGCGCACAGUAACCGAGAUCGACGAGAAGGAAUACAUCAGUCUGAAAAUCAUAGUUUCGGAGCUCAGAAAUCAAUACGUGACGUUACACGACAUGAUCCUGAAGAACAUCGAGAAGAUCAAGAGGCCUCGAAGCAGUAAUACUGACGCUUUGUACUGAUGUUUAUCCAGCUGUUUCAGCAUCCACCCGCCCGCCCCCUCCCGUGUCGCCCCCUCGUCUCACCCCCCCGUCUCUCUGCCAUGCCUGUUGAGCUACAGUAGCCGGGCCCUGCUCCGCAGGACUACAGCUAGACCUUCACCUACUUCAGUACAAUCAAGACAGCCCAGUACAAAGACAUAGCUUCUAUAGAUGGACACACAUUUUUGUUUUAAUUAUAAAAUAUUGUUUUUAAACCAUUUGAAGAAUGUUCACUCAGAAAAUGGGGAGACGGGUCAUAAGCCCCUUUCAGACAUGGGCCACAUAAUAUUGCUGUUAACUACACGGCAGCCUGUCAUUCACACGUCAUUCUUAUUUUAAUGUUUCAAAUUCUUGGAGACGUUCUUGCACAUGUGAAAUGUGGCAGCUAGUAUUUAAGUGCAGCCACACUUCUUUACAGUUCUGUCUGCUGUUGUGGCAGAGAGCAGGGCCUCUGUGUGUGUUAAGAUGUGCCCCACUGUUCCCAGACUCCGAGUACAAGUUUCUCCUGGAUUAGUCGGCAUAGGUGAAAGAUUAAAUUGGUACAGCUGAGAUAAAAUGUUAUUAAAGGAUCUUCUCUGGUGAGCUGAGCACCUCACAACAUGGGGAAACGUGCCUGCAUGCCUGUCUGCUAAUGCAUGAAUUCAGACUUCUGCAGAGUGAAAAAAAAAAGUGUUAAGCAGUAACUUGAUAAAGUUGAGAUGUGUUAUUUGAAACAUGCAUGUCUGAAAGGGGCUUCUGACAUUAAAAGGCGCUUUGUAUUUUUUAAUUUUAAUUAAACAUUCUAUCCUCGGAUUCUUGUGAAUUGCCUCGUUUGUAUCUCUUAAAUAUUCAGAGCAAAGUUGUUCAUUGCCCACUUUUCUUGUUUUUGCUGUUUUGUCUUAUAUGGGACUCGUCCUGCAUCACAAGUACAGUGGUUUAUAGGAUACCCAACAUAUGCUGUUAAUUCCUUCUGUGAAUGUUACACAUUGCACAGCGUAGAUGUAACAUGAAAUAUGAAAAUGAUGCAAGUUUUAGGUCCUAGGCUUGAAUUGUUUUAGCGAAAAAGCAUAAGCUUCAUCAACAAAGCUUCUUUUAUGUUGGUGCAUUCAUUGUAUUGAAUAAAAAACUUUUUUGAUAAAA